AUGUCGGUGAACAAUCAACCCCCCUCUGCGGACCCGACAAUCUCCCAACGCGCAAACCGAACAACUGGCCUUGAGGACCUGGACAAACAACUCCAGCAACUCUCUGAUACCGUGCUUUCUCAUCACCCAUACCUCCUCACUCUCCCCACGAAUUUGCCUUAUCGCCUGAGUACCGCGCAACAUACCGCAGCCGUUAAUUGGGCAGUAGGACAUGAUCGGCCCUUCCAAUCAGGCGAACAGCCACUUCAAUUUACAACCUUCUUGACUUUCAACAAGAAGUCGUUGCUUAAGGCUGUUGGAGAUUGGUGCAACAAAUCUGGCGAGAGAAUGGUCAACAGCGUUGUCCCGAGCAGAAGAGACACUCCUAGAGAGGUGGCUGCCAAACAGAAGAUCAGCCUAAGCGACUACAGGAAUCAUAGGAAUCAGAAUACCAUCAAAUCUGUCGAGAGUCAAAACAAAAUGAAGCAUUCAGUGAAUUUGAAGCGCGAAGAACAAAAACAAACACCGAAGCUUGAUCCCGUCAAGAAGAGCGAUAAGCUCACGCUGCCUUUCAGCUCCAAAUCGCAAUCGCUUCUUCCCCCAAGCAAAGCCUCUAAGAAACGACCUUCCACCACGGAUACUGAGCAUCUGGGUCCUUCGGCGACCAAAUCACCUGAUAUGCACUCUCCAAAAAAAUCUCGACUUUCUCCAGAGAAAGAAACGCGAUCGGAAAUGAUCCCCGCUCAAUCGCAUUCUCCACGUCUCCCCGCCUUAUUAUCGCCUACCCUCCCACCCACGUCUGGUCCAAAGCUUCCGCGAUUAUUGUCUCCUACCUUGCCCCCAGAUAUUGAAAAAGAACUUGCCAGACUGGAAGAGCGCUCAUCACGCAAUUCUCCAAAGCGUGACACCGCAUCAGUGAAAGGCAAACGGGACGAUCCAAUCCAAAACAGAACUCCAAAAUCUUCCAAUAGCAGCAGCAUAUCCAGUCACCAAAGCACUCGCACGGGUCUACCAUCCAAAAAUAACGGUGUUUCCAAGUACAUGGUUAAAUUGCGUUACGGAAAGGCCAAUCGAAAACGAAUCGAGGGGCUCCUCAAAUUUUCUGGGAAUAAGAAACCCGCUCGAGCUGAUUCACCACUUCCUCCGGAUACGGAUCUUGAAGACAUGUCGAACAAUGACAAGAAUAAAAUGGAGUCUGCGCCAACGCGUAAUCACGCGCCAGAUCGAGUCAAGCCCAAGGAUAAACCUGAGGCAGACGAGACUUUUGGCGCUCUGGGUGGCCGCCCUAAGGAAUCCAAAGGCUCUAUUGAAAAGCCCCCUACUGCAGCUCAUUUGUCGAGUUCCCUCCUGCACACCCACGAGAAAGUUAAGUCAACUUCGUUGACACCCGUGAAGGACACGAAAGGACUGAACUCGCGACGGAACGGCGGUGACAGCACACCCAAAAAUUCAGCGAUUAAACAAUACUCCACUGAUCUAGGAACCAAGGCAUUGCCUCUGCAAUCAGAUAGCCGCUCUCGAGAUCAGGAUCGUCGCGCCUGGCGAGAUGAGUACCAGAAAGUUUACAAUGUUGCCCGAGAACUUAAGCAUGCAGCCGAACGAUAUACUUCCAAGAGCGGCGCGUCGAACGCGGAUAAGAAGUUAGCAGCGGUGACAGCUAUCGAGGCUAUAAUGUGCUUCAUUCUUGCAUUUGUGGCCGACGACCAGUCUAAGGUCCUCGCGCGGCAGGCCAGUGAUUCCUCGUUGUGGCGGUCGAUACUGGCAUAUUGGCGUGUGGUUCAGAAGAACAGUUCGACGUACCCGGUUUUAAAUAGUCUCUGUUUACUCCUGGGUGCCGUGUCCUACAGUACCAUCCAUGCACUGGAUCUUGAACGCCUGGCCGUUAGCCCUCUUCCUGGAGAGCACACCCCAGUACCCACUCCUGGAAGUGAUGGCAACACUGUGCCAUCCGAUGAGAAUAAGAAAAGCCGCAAAGACUUCUUGGAGUUGAAGAAUAGGCUUCCUGGAUACUACAAGGAAUCACAAAAGCUUUGGCUGGAAGUUUCACGCGGCCUCUCUGAGGACGUGCUGAGUGAAGAGUUCCCCACCACCUGGUCUCGACGAUCCCACAAUCAUUCCGAGAGAGGAAAGUCCACUCUCCGAGCUGGUGACUAUGCAGGUGAUUAUUUUCUUCCUCUAGGUGGAACUAGCCCGCCUAUUGAAGUCGUGCGAUUUGGUUGGUCUCUUCUCAAGGAGUGGUGUUCACAGGAAAAGGUGGAGUGGAAUGGUCGUCUUGGUCUUUAA